AUGCAGGAGGAGGGCGAUGCUGGCAGCACGCCCCAAACGGACUGUGCGAUCUGCUGGAGCCCCUACAACAACACCUUCCAGACCCCCAAGCUGCUCCUCUGCCAGCACUCCUUCUGCCUGGAGUGCCUGGCCAGGAUGAGCCUGACCUUGAACCCAGAUGCCCCCGGAGGCCUGACCUGCCCGCUGUGCCGGCGAGUCACGCCCAUGGAGCUUGGGCAACCAAUCACAGAGCUGCCCACGGACCAGGCACUGCUGGCCAGCCUGCAGCUGCAAGCUAUGCCCAUGGUGGUGGAGGAGGGCCGGCUCUACUACGCAACCACAUCCCACAAGCCCUGGUUUCUGCCUCAGAGACCCACGGUGUACACGCUCAGCCUGGAUGUGGAGCGCAGACUCAGGAUCAACCACAACCAGGUCCACCCCGCGCUGCUGAGCGCCGAGAGCCCCCCGAGCCCCCAGUUCUGCACCUUCACCUUGGUGAUGCUCGCGGUGGUUGUGGGGGUGGUGAUGCUCAUCCUGUCCCUCUACUGGACCCGGCAGGGGGUCUGGGGCUUGACGUGA